GUUUGAAAACGAAUGCGACGCGGUCAAGACAAAGAAUUCGAUUUUCAAUAAAUCGAAAGUGCAUACAAACUAAAUAAAGAAAAUUUUUGAAAAUAAUUUUUGUAAUCUUUUUUGUUGUGUGUGCAGAGAAGUGUGGCAAAGCAAGAGAAAGAAAAAUUUAAUUAAAAAACGGAAAAUAAAUGGCAAAAAGAUAACAACUAUAAAUUGAAAAUCGAGUACAAGCCAAUCCAAGCCAAUCAAAAAUGGGGAAAGAUCGACUUCCUGAGCUUUUACAGCGCUCGCUAAGCACGAACUCAAACUCAAAUUCGUCAUCCAACGGUUCAUUGCUUUUAAACGUGUACAAUGGUACCACGGAGUUCCUGACCAACAACACCGGUGGUAACAACAGCUACAGUGCCAUUAGCCAAAACUGCAACAAUAAUAAUACAAAAAGUGUCGAAUCCAAUAAUCGGUUAAGCUCGAAAAUGUCGCAGCUUGGCUCGAAUGUGGAUGAAAUACUCAAUCCGUACACAGAGAUACGACAACAACUCGCACAGAUUGCCGCCAAUUUGGAGACGAUGAGCAGAAUGUCCCAAACCGUGAAUCUGCGAACGUUCAACGAAAACGAGAUGGAUGAGCUUCACAGCAAGAACCUGAGGAUAGGCAAUCAGCUGAUGACGCGAUUCAAGGACUUCAAGUCGAAUCUACCAGUGGAGAACGAUUACAGCUUGGAGGCAAGAAUAAAAAGGACCCUCUUUUACGGACUGCACCAGACUUUCAUUAAUCUCUGGCAUAAAAACGAACUAUUUCUGCAAAACUACGAGGCAAAAGUCAAAAAGAAUUUGAGACUGCACACAAAAAUCAUUAAUUCAGAAGCCAGCGAACAAGAAAUAGAGUUACUCAUCGAGAACAAGACAACCAAACUCUUUGUGGAUAAUUAUCUACAGGAGACGGAGAAGGAGCGGCAGACGCUCCGCGAGAUGAUGGAGCGGUUUAACGAGCUUCGUCGCUUGGAAAAGUCCAUCGAGGAGGUUCACGCUCUGUUUAUGCGCAUCCAAACAUUAGUGAUGGAGCAGAGCGAGGUGAUCCAGCGGGUGGAGUUCCACGCCCAGCAGGCUACCAUCCACGUGGACAAAGGUGCUGACGAGCUGGACCAGGCCGAACAGCACCAAAAAAAGGCACGGAAGAAAAAAAUAAUGCUCGUCUUGAUACUUGCAGCCAUUUUAAUAGUAUUACUUCUUGUUGGUUAUUAUUUGUGAUGCGUAAGACAUUUUUUUUUUUUUUUGUUAAGCUGUAGUCUAAAAAAAAU